AGCCAAGACUGAGUCAUAGCAUUGGCACACACAGCCACAGUGCCAGCUAUAUAGACAUGUGAGUCUCCAUCUGGGGACUGGCACACACACCAUGGCUCGCUGGGAGAUCCUGUGCUUUGCCCUGUGCUUCUGCCUCGGGGUAGCAAGGGCCGCAACCCUGGGUGUAGUGAACACCGAGGGCGGCUUUGUGGAAGGCGAGAGCAAAAGACUGGGACUCUUUGGGGACUAUGUUGACAUCUUCAGAGGGAUCCCCUUUGCUGCCCCUCCAAAGACUCUGAAAGACCCUCAACCUCACCCUGGCUGGGAUGGAACACUGAAAGCAACAGAGUUCAAAAGUCGUUGCAUGCAGAUGACACUGACACAAGAAGAUGUCCGUGGGACUGAGGACUGUCUCUAUCUGAACAUCUGGAUCCCUCAAGGGAAGAAACAGGUCUCUACCAACCUCCCAGUGAUGGUCUGGAUCUAUGGUGGUGCCUUCCUCGUAGGAGGGGGCCAGGGAGCCAACUUCCUUAAUAACUACCUGUAUGAUGGUGAGGAGAUCGCUGUGCGGGGCAACGUGAUCGUGGUGACGUUCAACUAUCGCGUGGGGCCUCUGGGCUUCCUGAGCACUGGAGAUGAAAACUUGCCAGGGAACUACGGGCUGAAGGACCAGCACAUGGCUAUUGCCUGGGUGAAGAGGAAUAUCAAGGCCUUUGGAGGUGAUCCAGAGAACAUCACCAUCUUUGGAGAAUCAGCUGGUGCUACCAGUGUCUCCCUUCAGAUGUUGAGCCCAAAGAACAAAGGCCUGUUCAAGAGAGCCAUCAGCCAGAGUGGAGUCGGUCUCUGCAGCUGGGCCAUCCAGAGGGACCCACUCAGCUGGGCUAAAAAGAUUGGAGAAAAGGUGGGCUGCCCUACAGACAACAGCACCGUCUUGGCUGAAUGCCUGCGCAUCUCUGACCCCAAAGCUGUGACACUGGCCUACCAUCUGCAGCUCAUCAACCUGUCUGGUCCUCUGGUUCACACACUUGCCCUCACUCCUGUCGUCGAUGGAGACUUCCUCCCAGACACACCAGAGAACCUCUUUGCCAACACUGCUGACAUAGACUACAUAGCUGGGGUCAAUGACAUGGAUGGACACUUCUUUGCUGGCUUUGAUAUACCCGCUAUCAACCGCCCACUUGUGAAAGUCAGCGCGGAUGAGGUCUAUAAAUUGAUCAAAGGACUUACCGUAGACAGGGGCCAGCGUGGAGCCAAUCUAACUUACACUCUGUACACGCAAGCGUGGGGCAACAAACCAGAACAGGAGGUCGUGAAGAAGACAGUGGUGGAGGUGGCUACUGACUACAUCUUCCUGGUUCCCACACAGUGGACACUGAACUUGCACCUGCGCAACGCCCGGACUGCCAAGACAUACAGCUAUGUGUUCUCACAGCCAUCCCGAAUGCCCGUCUACCCAAGCUGGGUAGGAGCAGACCACGCUGAUGACCUGCAGUAUGUGUUCGGGUUGCCUUUCUCCAUCCCUCUGGGCUACCUGCCCAAGCACAGGACUGUCUCAAAAGCCAUGAUUGCUUACUGGACCAACUUUGCCAAGACGGGGAAUCCCAACGAAGGGAAUUCAGAGGUGCCCGUUACCUGGCCAGCCUACACCACUGAGGGUGGUUACUACCUGGACAUUAACAACAACAUAAACAAGAACUCUGUGAAAGAGAAUCUGAGAGGCCGGUUUGUGAACUUCUGGAACUCAGUCUACCGCAGCCUGCCACAGGUUGCCAACAUCACCCAGACUCCAAACUAA